AUGAAACUACUUCAUGUUAGAAAACAUCACACACGUGGUAAUGAUGAUUCCGGUGGUAUUGGUGGUGUUGGUGACAGUUCAACGCCUUCUGAAGACAAUCAUAACACUACUGAUCGUGCCGCAACCGACACGAACGAUAGCGGUGACGAUGAUGAUGAGGAUAAUCUCUCCUUGUUAUGGAAAACGACAAAUAUCAGUGCUAGAUUUUGGAUAACUGUAAAAUUCACUAUCACGCAUACACUGGUCUGGAUUAUUGCAUUUCUAGCAUUGAUACAAGCAUCUAUAGCACUAUGGCAUGUUUUCACUCUGUUGAAUAGUCUACAGGCUAUAUACAUUACUGUCAAUUGUACAUUCACACGACCUGUAUUGGAUUUGAUUUAUCAAUGGAGAGAAGAGAAGCUUGAUUAUUAUAAACAUGAGCACAGUCUAUACAGUGUUAAUCAUUUAAUGAAUACAAGCGGUCAAAAUGAAGGUAAAAGGAUUCGAAAGUAA